AAAAAAAAACUGUCACAAGGGAGCUCUGUCGACUGUGAGACAGAGAGAGGGAGGGAGGGAGUCACAUGGAGCGAAUGGAGGGAAAGGGGUCUGCACCGCCAGGUCGCUACGCACUGCAAGCAUCUCGAUUCUUCAACGAAGACAUAAUGCUCUGUAUCGAUGUGGACGCUGAAUCACUCGUUGAAAUGAAAGUUUCAGGCCCAGCUGGCCGACCCUUCACCAGAUUGGACUCCAUCAAGCAGGCAAUCCUCCUCUUCAUCAAUGCUAAGCUCGCCAUCAACCCCGAUCACCGUUUUGCAUUCGCUGCUCUUGGCAAAUCGGCUUACUGGCUCCGAAAAGAGUUCAGCAGUGAAGUUGAUUCUGCAGUUGCUGCACUUCGGGGUCUUGCUGCUGAUUCAUCGUCUGGUCAGGCAGAUCUCACCCAGCUAUUCCGAGUAGCAGCUCAUGAAGCAAGAAAAUCCCGAGCCCAAAAUAGGAUUUUCAGGGUGAUCCUGAUCUACUGCAGAUCAUCUGUAAAACCACAAUACCAAUGGCCUGCAAACCAGAAACUCUUCACUUUGGAUGUAGUUUACCUCCAUGACAAGCCUGGACCUGACAAUUGUCCCCAAAAAGUGUAUGAUGCACUCGUGGAUGCUCUUGAACAUGUAAGCGAGUAUGAGGGCUACAUAUUUGAGAGUGGACAGGGGCUAACACGCGUCCUUUUCCGUCACAUGUGUGUGCUCUUAUCACACCCUCAGCAACGUUGUGUGCAAGAUGAUGUUGACAUACCCAGGUCCCUUACAAAGAAGUCGCCCACAGUUGACCCAACACCAGGUGAAGAAAAUGUUCCUGUAUCCAGCCAGUGAGAAUAUAAUAGUUGAACUUGAACCUGUGAGUACUUGUUGCUUUUGAUGUUUGUUUGUCAUAUAACAAGAUUUUAGCUCUCUUGGAAAGAAGCUACCAUGUACCUGUAAUCAAAGAAGCUACCAUAGCAUUUUUAACUUUCUAUUUUCUGUGUAUGUAUGGUGUAAACAUGUUGUUUGUAAUUAAUGACAUGUGAAUCCUUCUAA